CCACACAGAGAGAGACGUGCACAUGAAGAGGCAGCUGGUGGAGGAUGUGAAGACCAGGAUGAAGUUCCUCCUGGAGACUGAAAAGACUCACAGAGGACUGGUGGAGGAGCUGGAGAAGAAAGUGAAGACCUUGACAGAGGAGGCCACUAACAGAAAGGCCUUUAUAGACUCUCUGAAGAGGAGGCUGAGUGUAGCCACUAAAGAGAAGAGUCAGUAUGAGACGACCUGUCAGGAUCUCAAGGAGGGCCUGGACAAGAAGGAGCAGUGUGUGGAGGCCCUGCAGGCCCGUGUGAGGGCCAGUGAGCGGGCCCAGGCUGAGCUGGAGCAGACAGCAUCCCGUCAGAUGGAGGGUCUGGCCCAGCAGAGCACCGUGGCCCUGGAGGCCCUGCACAGAAGACUGGGCCUGGCCCACACACAGCUGGAGCAGCUACAAGCCUUCACUAAGGCUCUGGCAAGCGAAACUCUCCGCGAGGUGCAGGACGCCAAAUCGCAGCUGAGGAAGAACAGGAAGAUGGCGGAGAAGAAGAAGGCAGUAGGUGCCGGAGGGCUGUCCAAGCAGUCCAUGGUCAAGGCCCAGUCCAUUGCUGCGUCCAUCCUCAACAUGACCGAGAUGGACCUGGCUGAAAUGCUGGACACCGAUGAGGAGGAGGAUGAUGUGGCAGCAGACAGCAGGAGAGACCAGGAGUGGCUAGACCAGGUCAUGAAGAUCCUCCAACAACAGGUCUGGUUUCAAGUCUGCUAGUGUUUUUAGUAUUCUCUACAGUA